GAGAUCCACCCCAUCACGGUCAUCGUCAACAACACCAACCCCAGCACCCUCCUCACCCAGAUCUGCGACAUCCUCGCCAGCCACAAGAUCCACGGCAUUGUUUUUGAGGACAACGUUGGCACGGAGGCCGUGGCCCAGAUCCUUGAUUUCAUCUCCUCCCAGACCCAGGUCCCCGUCAUCAGCAUCAGCGGGGGGUCUGCGGUGGUCCUGACCCCGAAGGAGCCUGGCUCGGCUUUCCUGCAGUUGGGUGUCUCCAUUGAGCAGCAAAUCCAGGUGAUCUUCAAGGUGCUGGAGGAAUACGACUGGGGCUCCUUCGCUGUCAUCACCAGCCUCUACCCAGGCUACAACAUCUUCCUGGACGUCAUCCGCUCCUUCACAGACGCCAGCUACUUUGGCUGGGAGCUGCAGGAGGUGCUCACCUUUGAGAUGAGCCAGGAGCGGAGCAGCUCCAGGACGCAGCGGCUCCUGCGGCAGGUUGAUGCCCAGGUCCUCAUUGUCUACUGCUCGCGAGAGGAGGCCGAGUACCUCUUCGCCAUGGCGGAGCAAGCUGGCCUUGUGGGGCCCGGCUACGUCUGGAUUGUGCCCAGCUUGACGGUGGGCAACAUGGAGGUGCCACCCACCUCCUUCCCUGUCGGCCUCAUCAGCGUGGUGACGGAGAGCUGGAAGCUGAGCCUGCGGCAGAAGGUGCGGGAUGGGGUGGCCAUCAUCGCCAUGGGGGCGGCCAGCUUCUUCCGGGCCCAUGGCUACCUCCCAGAGGUGGGACGGGACUGCCGGGCCCCUGCCGGUGCCACCGCUGCCAACACCAGCUUCUACCGGCACCUCCUCAAUGUGACGUGGGAGCACAGGGACUUCUCCUUCAAUGAAGGCGGCUACCUGAUCAGGCCCACCAUGGUGGUGAUCUCGCUCAACCAGCACCGUCUCUGGGAGAUGGUGGGCAAGUGGGAGAAAGGCAUCAUCCACAUGAAGUACCCGGUGUGGCCCCGCUACGGCUCCUUCCUGCAGCCCGUGGCCGACAACCGCCACCUGACAGUGGCCACGCUGGAGGAGAGACCCUUUGUCAUUGUGGAGAACACGGACCCCAGCACCGGGGUCUGCGUGCGCAACACUGUGCCCUGCCGCAAGCAGACCAACUCCUCCCAGAGUGGCGAUGGCCUCGCGGAUCCCUACACCAAGCUGUGCUGCAAGGGCUUCUGCAUCGACAUCCUGAAGAAGCUGGCCAAGGCAGUGAAGUUCUCCUAUGACCUCUACCUGGUGACCAACGGCAAACACGGCAAGAUCGUCCGUGGGGUCUGGAACGGCAUGAUUGGUGAGGUGUACUACAAGCGCGCAGACAUGGCCAUUGGCUCCCUCACCAUCAAUGAGGAGCGCUCCGAGAUCGUGGACUUCUCCGUGCCCUUCGUGGAGACGGGCAUCAGCGUCAUGGUGGCCAGGAGCAACGGCACCGUCUCCCCCUCUGCCUUCCUGG